CACGAGCGUUACAAACGAGGACUCAGUGGUUUUAGAUACAAAUAGUUUGAGUUGUUGUUGUUGUUGUUGGCAGACAAAUAACAUUAUCUCUAACUGGUCAAGCGUUGUCUAAGCCCACCAACCAUUUUCUUCAAAGAGACACUCAUGGCUUCAAACUCCAAGCUUUUGACCUUUGAGGAUGUGGCUCUGCACAAUCACAAGAAGGAUUGCUGGAUCAUAAUCAAUGGAAAGGUAUAUGAUGUCACCCCAUUUUUGGAUGAUCAUCCUGGAGGUGAUGAAGCUUUAAUCACUGCUACAGAGAAGGAUGCAACCAUUGAUUUUGAAGAUGUUGGGCAUAGCGACUCAGCAAUAGAGAUGAUGGAACAGUACUUUGUUGGGGAGGUUGACACCAACACUCUUCCUUCAAAAGGUGGUAGCAGUUCAGCAGCACCAACACAAGCAACUGCCUCCGGCAAUGAGUCUGCUGGAGCUCUGUUGAAGAUCUUGCAGUACGUGGUGCCGCUGCUGCUAUUGGGCUGUGCAUUUGCUCUGCAGUACAUUGGGAAGAAGAGCAAGUCCAAUGAAUCAUGAAAAUUAAAUUUGAGCUAUGGCCAUAGUUUUAGUAGAUCUAUUAUUCAUAUUCUACAUCAACUAAGUAUCAGUAUCAAAGUGGUAAUAAAUUGGAGGCAGUGUUGUUUCUUUGCUUUUGGGGACAUUAGAUUUUAUAUUUCGCUAUCCCAGAUAUCAUGCUAGCUGGUAAUUUAGACACUAUCCAGUAUCUCAUGAAUCUUUUUGAAUGAAGUUUGUUGAACCUAUGAAUUUUGUUGAACCUAUGAAUUUUGUUGAACC